AUGCCUCCAACAUGGCAGCAAGCUCAUGGUCACCACUUAGCUCAGGCUAAUGAGCCCAUUGCAGAGCCUGAGGCUCCACAAAUUGAAGACAAUGAUGCUCACCCCCUGCUUAUCCCAUUCAAAACGGAACCUGAUUCAAUGGGCCUCUACUGCAUGUAUUGUGCACACCCCACCUUGAUUCCCAAUGGCGGAGGUGCGCUUGACAAUGUUUGUGAUGCUCCCACAUUGGAUGCUGCAGAUAACGCAGCCGAGCAGGCUUCUCAGAGACUCACUGGCGUCCCACUUCCACCACCUGAAAUCAUGUACAAUAACCUAUAUGAUGCCUUCAGUAGUUCAACCACAGGUCUUAUGAUGUUUUGGCAUUUCUCUGGUUCAACUGCCAAGUCAAUGGCCAAAACACACUGUCUUAUGAAAUUCCUGGACAAUGACAAAUAUAAGAGAGAGGAU